AUGGCAACACCCCCAGACCUACCGAGACAUGCAGGAACCCACCAGACCACUGCCAAGCACAAGAUUACACCAGGAAACGAAGAAACACCUGGCACCGGACUGCCCACCAACCACUUCCUGCCACACAACCCAGAAACUGAAAUCCAGUUCGAAAACAUCCCCACUGAUGAUCCAACCACAGCCAGAGCCACCCGCCCAGAAGCUACCGCAAGCUCAUCCAGCUCCACAAGCUGCAGUACAAACCAACCAGGCGAACCGGCAGUCAAUGUCGACCACGAAGAAUCCACUGAAACAGACGACGACACACACCGGGAGACGCCAAAGACUACCAAGUCCGUCAGCAUCUUCGAGGUAGACGGCAAGGAUGCCAGGACUGCCGCCCUGCCUAAGGCCACCCAAGACGAUGCACAACUGACGGAAUCUCCCCUGAAGCAAGCAGGGAGCACACCCAGACCAGACAAGACCCCUGAUGACCAACCAGAGACUCUGCCAGAGAAACCCACACCAGACCCUGACAAGGACAAGCCACAAAAGAAGGCAGAGACGGCCAAACAAGACAAUGAUGAAGCGGCAACACAAGUUACACAGGAAAUGAUCCGGAGGAACCUGUGCAUCAUAGGCGACCCUACACCGACCACCAAAACAUG